AUGCCCAUCCCUUUGAUAUCUCACGGAAUCACCGAGGGUCUCUCUGCCAUUCCCUAUGCCUACACGGCCAUCAAAUGGGCCGCCGUCGUUGCCGUGGUGGCCCUGCUGAAGUACUACUUUGGCGGCGCCCGCAACACCUCCGAGCGACUGCUACAUUCCAAAGUUGGCGGAACAUCAGGAAUCGGCGCCUCAAUCGUACACGACCUUGCCUCGCGCGGCGCCCAGAUCAUCCUCCUCACCCAACACGCCCCCUCCGAUCUGUUUCUCGUCGACUACAUCGAAGACCUACGCCAAACCACCAACAACGAACUAAUCUACGCCGAACAAGUUGAUUUGACUUCUCUGCACUCAAUCCGCAAAUUCGCAACGAAAUGGGUUGACAACGCCCCACCCCGAAGACUUGACAUGAUUAUCCUCUGUGCAAACACAAUUAAGCCAACGCGGUUCGGAAAACCGAGACUUACACCGGACGGACUUGAUGAGGAGUGGCAGGUGAAUUAUUUGGCGAAUUUUCAUUUGCUGAGUAUUUUGAGUCCGGCCAUCAGAGCGCAGCCGCCGGAUAGGGAUGUGAGGAUUGUGUUUGCGAGUUGUUCAAGUUACAUUGGGGCAGAGAUAGAUUUGAGGCGGACUGAGGGCGUUGUCUCUCAACCCAAUACGAAGAAGACGACAGCGAUGACGACGAAGAAUAAGUCUAAGGUUGGGGGAAGCACGAAAAAAGCGAAACGCAAUACAAGCGCAUCAAGCAUGUACGGCAUGACCAAACUUUCACUCAUGAUCUUCGCAAAAGCGUUCCAGAAACACCUUUCAUCCUACAAACGUCCGGAUCAACGGCCCAUGAACGCGCGCGUCCUCAUCGUCGACCCCGGCUGGACACGCACACCGGGUACCCGCCGCUGGAUCACAGGCGGUAGCCUAUGGGGUCUUUUACUCUAUCUCAUCACCUGGCCUGUAUGGUGGCUAAUCCUCAAAUCACCCGAACAAGGAGCGCAAAGUUUCUUGUAUGCCGCCAUGGAAGCGCGGUAUGGGCGUGGCGAGGAAGGAGGCUGGUUUAUCAAGGAAUGUCGCGAGUUCGAACCAUUGAGAAAAGAAGUUGGCGAUGAAGAGGUUGCAAAGCAGCUGUGGGAGUUUAGUGAGGAUCAGAUACAAGUCAAAGAAAAGGAGUCGGCGAAGAGGAGAGCGGUCGAAAAGGCGUUGGAAGAAGAGGAGAAAAAGAAGGCAGAUUCUACCGGGUCGUCGACUGCUACGAAUAAUGCGGGCAAUAACAAAGCUAGGACAGCUGGGGGAAAGAAGAAUCGCAAGUGA